AUGAUUCUAAUCUGGUUUAUAUUAUCCAACUUCGUGAUUUUAAAUUUGUUUAUUGCUUUAAUUGCAAAUAGUCUCGAGGUUCCUGAAGAGAAGAAAAGAGAAUUACAGCUAGGAUACUACCUUAAAAAUGUUUAUCCAAGGAGAAUUAAAAUGUACAGAACUGUUUCACUUAUAGAUAGAAUAAAAAAAAAAAUAUUUAGACGCCCAUCGACUCAAGAUUCGAAGAAUUUCAAAGAAUUUUUAAUAACAGGUUCAGCUAUUAUGAAGGCGAGGGAAACUGAAAAGCUUUCUAAUGAACAUACUGUAAUGAAUGAUCAAGAUAUAUCAACAUACUUUAAGAGUAUAUCAAGAUUUUUUAGAGAAAAUAUUAAUUCUAAAUUCAAUUUCGUUAAAAAGAAUCCAUUUUAUUAUAAUCCCAAAGUAAUAAUCACUGAAAGUGAUUCUCCAUUUGAAUCUGGUAUCACUGUAACCAUAAAUAAUUUCCAUGAAGAAAAAUCAGCAUACUUAAGGAAACAUCCAAGGUUUAAUGAUUCGUAUUUUAUUUUCUCCCCAAAUAAUACUAUUAGAAGGUUAUGUCAACUUCUCGUUCCUUCAAGUUAUGGGGAACGAAUUGAUAGCGAAGGACUUUCCCUUGAUGAUUCACAGAUACUAGACAGUGGAGUGUUUGGCGAAAUCUGUAAAGACUUAUUUUUUUUACUUUCAUUAGCUGUGACAAUUGCAUUAUUAGUUGUUUCAUGUUAUGUUACACCACUUUAUAAGUUGAAAUAUUCCAACGAAAAUUUGAAUUGGGUUGUUUAUUUUGAUAUUGGUGUAACUUCAUUUUUCACAUUGGAAUUCAUUAUAAAAACAGUUGCUGACGGAUUUAUUUAUACCCCCAAUGCCUAUCUUAGAAAUCCUUGGAAUGUGAUCGAUUUUAUUGUCAUGGAGUAUAUGUGGAUUGAUGUAUAUAGCUCUAUUAGAAGUGACAAUAGUAAUGCCAAAAUAUUUAGAGCAUUUACUGCAAUAAGAAUUUUCAGGUUGAUCACAAUAAGUGAUAAAGGAAAAGAUACUUUUCAUAUACUAAUAUUCAAUGGGCUCUCAAAAUUGCCAAUGACAGCAUUCGCUUCGUUUUGUAUCAUUUUUCCAUUUACGGUAUGGGGCCUACACUUAUUUCGUGGACACCUUGGUGUCUGUAACGAUAAUAGCUUUGGGUAUGAUGGGUGCACAAAUGAGUUUUCAAAUACAGUCUUUAAAUGGUCCAUAAUGUCACCAAGAGUUUAUAAGGAACCAUAUUUGUACUUCGACAAUUUUGGGGUGUCAUUGAAGAGCUUAUACGAAAUAAUCUCCUUAGAAGGUUGGGUAGAUUUGCUAAUGGCGCUGGUUAAUUCCACUGGCGUAGGAAAAAUACCAAUAGUCAAUGCUUCUCCUGGAAAUGCAUUUUUCAUUAUUCUAUUCAAUUUCAUAAGCAUGGGUUUCAUACUUAAUCUUUUUGUAUCUACAAUAAUUGCUUCUCAUUCAACAAAUACUGGUUUGGCAUUUCAAACAAAAGAUGAAAAAGUGUGGAUUUACACGAAGAAAUUAUUAUCUCAGGCAUAUCCUGAAAGAGUACCUGAUACAAAUAAUUACAAAAAUUUCAGACUGAUGAUAUUUAAUUUUGUUAAUGGAAGUAACCAGUAUUACAAUGUAUCUGUUAAUGUAAUUCUUUAUUUCCACAUUUCUUUACUGUUGUCACAAUUUAACAAUAACGCACAAGAAGUUUGGAUCGUUAGAAGGAAACUUUAUAUGGCAACAACUACGGCAUUGUUAUCUUCAGCUUUACUUUCACUCUAUGGUAAUGGAUUUCGAAUAUAUUUCAAAAAUAAAUGGAUGUAUUUCAAAUUUUAUAUUUUAUGGUCUGCAUUCCUAUUCACUUUCAUCUCAAGCUCAUAUGCUGAUGAUAACAUUUCAUCUAAUUUAGCGGCUAAAGUCUUCCGUUCUUCUAUUUUUUUAUUUAUUAUCCCGCAGUUUGAUGUAUUAUCCCAGCUUUCAGAUAUAGCUAUUGCUAGCGGCCCAUAUCUAUUACCAUUAGCAUACACUUGGCUAAUCGUUUUUUUAGUAUUUGCCAUUACAUUGAAUCAGUUAUUUGGAUUAACAAAAUUAGGACCUAACACAACAGAAAAUUUAAAUUUUAGAACUGUACCGAAAGCAUUACUUGUUUUGUUUCGGUGCAGUUUUGGUGAAAGAUGGAAUUAUAUUUUGGAAGAUAUUGCUUUAUCUUAUCCAGAAUGUACUCCGAAUUCUAUAUUGGGAAAUUGUGAAUCCUCAGUUUUCGCUUACAUCAUAAUAAUUUUAUGGAACAUCAUUUCGAUGUAUAUUUUCAUGAAUAUAUUUGCGUCCAUCAUAAUUACUCAUUUUGGUAACGUUUAUGGUGAAAGUAAUUCUUCUGACAGAAUAAAAAAACGACAUAUUCGAAAUUUUACAAAGGCCUGGAAAAAAUUUGAUUUCUAUGGUGUUGGAUAUAUACAAUUUGGAGAGAUUACACCGUUUCUGAAUUCAUUCGAAGGACCACUAAGUUUCAAGAAAUGGAGUAGCGAACAUUCUAUACAUAACAUUGUUAAAAACUAUAUGUUAGUCGAUCCUGAAGAUCCUUACAAUGUGGAUAUUAAUUUUAAAGGAUUGGAUGAAUUAUUUUCAAAACCCCAAUUGAUUAAAAUUCAUGAACGAAAGGAGACUUAUAGGAAAUUUUUACAUCACAUCAAAUUUAUAAGUGAAUUAACUGGAAAAGUUGUAUUCGCUAAUCUAUUAAACACAAUACCCUUAUACACUACUUUUGAAGCAAGAAAAUGUUUAGGCAUUGAGGAAUACGUCAGAUACUUGUUUAUCAUGGAUAAGAUUGAUGAAAUCAUAAAGAGGGAAAAGAUGGAGUUGUUGUAUAAUAAAAUCCAAAACUGGCAUUUUUCAAAGACAAGGAAUAGUAAGAAAUUAGAGGAAAAUUCUAAUCAUCAUACCAAUAUACCAGAUAGCACCUAA